ACAAUUCAACUACUAACAGAUCCCCAGCAUCUCGAGGACGACGGCGUCCUCGGGAUCCUCGGACGACGACGCGCGGGGCCGCGGCGGCGGUGGGCGCGGUGGUGCUGGCGGCGGUGGCGCCUUCGAGGCCGCCGCGAGCGCCGUGCGUGUCGCCUGGAGUUCCCUCGCGAGGGCCCGCCGCUCGUUCUUGAGGCGCGUUCGGUCCGCGCGCGCCGCAGCCGCGUCCUGCGCCGCGGCCUCGGCCGCGCCACGCAGGCGCUUCACUUCAGCUAUGAGCACGCGCUUCUCGUCCGCAAGCACGCACGCCCGGCGCCGCUCAAGCUCCAGCGCAGCAGUGGCGGCGACGGUCGCGGCCUCGGCGCGGUCGAGCGCGUCCCUGUUAUCGCAAUCCGCGGCCGCGCGCGCCGCCACCUCGCGCCCGUGCGCCAGGCGCGCCUCGCACAGCCAGGCGUCCGCCGCAGCCGCCGCGGCCUCGGCGCGGUCGGCGCGAAGCAGGUCCUCGUUUGCCGCUUCUUCGUCUUUUCGGCUGCUGCCGCCGCUGGCCAUGCGGCGCAGAUUUUUGCGCACGUGGAGGCCCGUGAGGGUCCGCUCCUUUUUCUCCUUUUUAGGCUCUGAUGGGGCCAUUGUGUGUACGGGCGGUCUAGGCGUCAAAUGAGACAGCACGCUUCGAUCUGCUCGUUACGCAUGAAUGCGGGCGUCUCUCGAACUACAGCUUACAGCUCACAGGCCGUUGGUGGCGCGCUGGUAUGAGACCUAG